CAUCCCCAGGCCUAUCUGCUGGGCUGUGACCUGCUGGCUCAGUGCCAGUGGGGGCCGGGGUGUGACUCUGAGAGGCAGGGACGCUCUAGCUAAACUGUCCGCUGGCGAGGUGCAGCCUUUACCGUGCUCUGUCUCCUCUGGCUUGGGUGCACAGGUGGUUUGUGUGGGUCUGAUCCAGCUUCCUGACAGCAGCCCCUGAGAUGAGCUGGCACACAGGAGAGGUACCCCGUAUGCCAUGGCUUGCUGCCAUCUCCUGGAGGGCACAGGCAGCCUCCAUUAAAGUAGACGCCAAGCCUCAGCAUGGAUGGGGUCCGUGCAUUCGUCUCCUGGGUUUAAAGCUCGGCACAGGCCACAGCUGAGAUGGGGCAGGGACCUCCUCGGCCUGGAACAGACGGUGCCCAUCUGGAACGGACUGUGCUUCUGGCAUGGCCCCUUCCCACUUCGCCCAGCCCAGCCUGACACAGCCCUCUCCCUCUUUGUCCUGAUGGUCAGGACGAGGCCCUCUCUCAAGUGGGCAGCAAGGGCAUGCAUGCAUGCAAUGAGUUGGUGGUUCUCACCCUUGUGUCCCGAUCACAGAACCUGGCAUCGCAGUUGGCACUGAUCAGCCCCAUUGGUCUCAGCAGUGAGGACUCGACCAGCCCCAGAGUCCAAUCUCCUGUGCAGACUGUAGAGUCCCAACUCUUUGUCUAUGCAGGAGCAGAGUGCCUGGCCUGAGAUGGCUUUAGGCCACCUUUGCCCUCCAUGUACACUUGGACCAGCUGUCACCCACCCCUGGAUGUAAGCUAGAGCAUCCUUGGGGCUGCUUGGAUUUACACUCUGUGUCCCUGGUCCCUAGGGGCCAUCUGCCAGGUGUGAGCAGCCAGAGCCCAACACUCUUUGGCCCAUACCCCUUUGCUGGGGCAGGGAAGGGGACCAGUGCAGCUCAGCUGUGGCAGCUCUAUGACCCAGCUGGUAUUCCUCCAGCAUCUUCCUGCCCCAUUUAUUAUCCCUUUCUCUAACAGAUGUGGUAUUUAUAGGGCUAGUUUUGUGGGUGGAUUUUCAAAUGCUUAUCCAGAAAUGGAAAAAAAUAAAAGGAAUAAACUCUCCAAAUGCCAGAUGGAGGGAGAUGGUGACAGCUCUGCUUUGUUUCCAUCAGCUCUUGGUGCAAGAUGACCCAUAGCACUUACUGAAUCCUUGCAAGACUGGGUGUGCGUCUGGUUGGAUUUGCCUGGGGGGAGUUUCUCUCUCCCCCUCCCCGGGGGCCUGAUGUCUCUCUCUCCCCCCGCAAUCUGCCCAAGGCCGGUGGGACUGGCCCGUUGCCGUGAUCGUUGGAAAUCCAGCAGCAAGGUUGUGUCUGGCUGUGUGCACCCGCCCAGGUAUCUCGUGGCUUUGGGGAGCGGUGCUAGCUCUCUCUGACUUGCAAAGCUUUGCCUGCUUGGUCUUCCGUGGUGGGAAGAAUGGGCUCAGUUUCAGAGCUGCUCACGGCAGUUCCUCUUCACCAGAGGCCGGAUCUGGUGGAAGUCUGCGCCGAGCUCAUCAAUGAAGAGUGGAAGAAAAGCAAGACCUCUCGCAUGUACUCACUCCAGAAGUCCACAGACAGCUUCCCCAUGUGCCUGGUGCUGAUUAAAACCCAAAGGGCCACAGAGGCUGCCGAGGAAGGGAAGAUGGGAAAGACCCAGCUCCUCGGGCAUGCCAGGUUGUCCCGCGUAGUCAGCCAGCCCGAGAGCUUGUUUGUGGAAACAGUAGUGGUUUCCAGGGCGCUGCGGGGACAGGGGUAUGGCCGGAAGCUGAUGGAAGCCACUGAGCGCUAUGCCAAGUCCCGUGGCUUCAGGCACCUGCAUCUCACCACACAUGACAAGCAGCACUUCUAUGCCCACCUGGGCUACACCACAUCUGAGCCGGUGCAGAGCAUGGGGUUCAUGAGCUCCCUGGUCCCCAUGGAGUUCCUGCAGAUGUUCUCCAGCCCCCCUCCUCAUGCUAGAGCACCUGCUUGGGGACUGGGAAAGUCCAGCCCCACCACCUCCCAUCUUAACAGAACUUCAGGAGCCAACCUGCCUCCACUACCGUCCUCCACACCCCCUGUCCAGUGCACCACCAUUGUGUGCCCACUACCACCUCUGCCACCAUUGCCACCAUCUCUGUCUCCACUGACCUCUUUAAACUCUUCACAAUCUGCCAUUCCUCCUCCACUCUCCUUGCCACCUUCACCUCCCCAUGCUUCCCCUUUCCAUUCCAAGACUGCUGCUCCUGGGCUUCCCCCACCACCCCUUUUACCUGCACCAGCUGCCCAUGUAAGCUCUGCACACUUUCCGCCCCCUCCCCCUGGUCCUCCACCGCGCCUCCUCCCUCUGCCAGGCCAACCAGGUUCUGGCCCCAUCGCCUCCAGUCCAGCAGGGAAGGAGCCCUAUGAUCACAGCCUCCUGGAGACACCAUAUCGUGACCUCAGAGGGCUCCCCAUCUUCUGGAUGAAGAAGGACAUUUGACUCCUGCACAGUGUGCCAAUGAGCUGCUGAUUAAAAGUUGGGAGUGGGGAGAACUCUCCCCCGCACCUUA